ACACUGCUGACAGAGAGGCAGCGGGAAUAUACAGAGUGAACUGGCUUUACGCUCUGUGAACAGCCACUAAUCACUGCUUCAAACACAGGGUCAGUCCAGGGCUGCACAGAUACCACUGUCUGGAAAGGGGAGGACAAAAGAAGAGAAAUAAGAGAGAAGAAAAGCAGGCAAGAAACAAGAGGGACUCACACAGAAAGAAGAAGCAAGCAGGGGUAAAGGGAGACGAAAAAAGGGACAAGUGAAUGAGGGACCCAGGCAAACCCUGGAGUAUCUAGCCAGCGCUCUGCUCAGCCCAGGAGGGAAGAUGUCCAAGUCCUCCUCCCGUCUGGGUCGACCCGGAUCAGCAGGGUCUAAGAGCCAGGGCUCGAGAAAGGAGCUGCAGGGUAAUCGCUCAUGCAUGCUGCGGAUUGGAGAGAGGCUGAUGAGGGCGGGCAGUGAGGGGAACCUGGUCCAGAGACCCCUACCAGUCCAGAGCCAGAGCCAGGCAGAAUUGAAUGGGCAGACACAUCGUCCAGCCCUAGAGGACAAACCCACUGAGCAUACAGGAAAUAACUCCAGCAAAGAUCCAGGAAACUCCCCAUCUUCUACUGCUUUGGACAGUAGCACUGAGCGUCUGCUGCAAAAGAAACAGCACACCAACAGCAGCCUGCUUUGUAACCCAGACUUCUCGUCCUGUGGUUUAGCUCCACGCUCUCCCAGCACCUUACCUCGAACCUAUGCCACCGCUACCGCUGCCGCCAGCAGGGACAGCCAGUUGGACAGUCUGAUGAUGCAGCACACUGAUGUGGAGAGGAAGAAGGAGGUGUUCCUGGACCACCUGAGGCAGAAGUAUCCCCACCAUGCUGCCAUUAUCAUGGGACACCAGGACCGCAUGAGGAAACAGGUGGGGAGUCCCCGGCCCUCUGAAAGCCCCACCUGUGCAGGUGUACUAGGCCUGGUGGAGCAGCAGGACCCUCUGGCCACAGAGGCCAUGUCUGAUGGAGAGGUGCUGCCCCCCACAGCCCCCUUCACAAGGGGCUGUAAAGCCAGAGCAAGUCUACCUGUGGGGCGGUCGAGUGGUCAGACAAGAGAGAGGCCCCUUGGUGUGUUGUACCUGCAGUAUGGGGAGGAGACCAAGCAGGCCAGGAUACCCACUGAGAUCAGCAGUCAGGAUUCUCUGCGAGCUCUGUUUGUCACCGCCUUCCCCCAUCAGCUCACCAUGAAGAUGCUGCAGUCUCCAAGCAUGGCCAUCUACAUCAAAGACAACAGCCGCAACGUUUACUACGACCUGGAGGACAUCAGAAACAUCACAUCCCACUCCUGUCUUAAGGUUUAUCAUAAAGACCCAGCACAUGUGUUCAACCGCCAUGCCAGGCCUGUCAACGCAGAGGGGAGGAUCUCCAAAGAGGUGUUGUACGGCAGUCACAGUCCAGUCCACACCCUGUCCUCAUCCAGCCGCGGCACCCUGCACAGUCUGCAGGGCUCCAUGUCCCCACCCAUGGUCCGCUCCAUGCCCUCCUCUCCCUCCAGAAUGGUGUAUGGUGGGGGGAGCAAAGGAGUAGGGGCUGGGCCGGUGGAUCCAGGCAGCGCCACGUUACCAAGAGAACGCCUGUCAGGGGCGGGGCGAUCGAGCACCCUCUACACCAACAGCAGUGCCAUACUGGAGAGGAGAGAUGUCAAGCCUGAUGAGGAUGCUGCCAGCAGUAAGAGCAUGCCCCUGGUGCUGCGUGGUGAAGGAGGACCACAUUACCCAGACUCCUACUGCUCCUACCUGCAGGACGGAGGAGGUCGCCUCAGCAUUGCCUCCUCCCAGUGCAGCGCUCCUCCCUCUCUGGCUGCAGACAUGGUGGAUGCUGGGGUCACAGGGAUCCCAGGGGGGCUGCAGCAGUACCGGGUCUCCAUUAAACCCCUGAUGGGCUAUGGGGAGAGCAUGGACCACCAGACCCGCUCACUCCACAGACCGAAGAGCAGGAAGUAUGGAGACAGCCAACGUCCUCCACUGGGGACCAAAACCCCGCCCCCUUCCCCUCACAGAGUUAAUGAAGUCAAGAUGAUUGAUGGACAGAUCAUUGGAGGGGUGGGCCUGGUGUCUCCAGAGAGGAUGUCCCCGAUUCGCCGGUCCCUGCAGCGGGACAGUAACGGGGCCACAGUGGACAUUGUAAAUAGAAGUGGCUCAUCAUCCUCUACCUCGUCUGUUUUUGUGGACAGCCCUCUUGGACAACCAGAGAGACUGUUUCAGGGUCCUGUGACUGCCAGCAACACCCAGAGUGAGAGAAUGAAAGCCAUGGAGGAGCAGAUAGCCAGUUUAGCAGGACUGGUGCACCAUGCUCUGUCUAUGGGAUCAGAUGUUCCAGGAGUCAAGGACACUGUCAGUGAGCCUGCUGGACGCAAACUUUUCAACAACAGACCUGGAGUGUCCACUGAUGCGCAGAACCCUGCUGCUUUGACAGACCAAUUCAUCCCUACCCCCUUGGCUCUUCAGGCUCCUCCCUCUGACAGCGGGAUGCAGCAGAGCUUGAUGUUAGCGAAGAAGAGUGUGUGUGAGCUGCGGCUGCAACUCAACCAACUGAGACACUUACAGCUGUCAAACCAGGAGAGUGUGAGUUCGAUGCUGCGUAUGGCAGGUCAGGAGCUGGUGGUGUUGAUAUGUGAUUGCCUGGCUCAGUCUGAGGAGGUAGCGUACAGAAGAAGAACUGAGAUGGAGGAGGAGAGGAUCCACUACUUGGCCACAGAGGAGAGAAUACUCUCACAGCUCAAUGAACUGGAGAAUUAUGUGGACCGUUUGCAAAGAAGCUCCGCCUCUAGUCCCGGCCGGCUAUCGAUAACUCUGAGGGACGUGGAGGAGGGAGCAGUCAACCUCCGGAGAGUUGGAGAAGCUGUGGCCAUCCUUAAAGGUGAGUUUCCAGAGCUGCAGGUGAAGAUGCGCUCAGUGCUGAGGUUGGAGGUGGAGGCGGUGCGUUUCCUGAAGGAGGAGCCUCAUAAGAUGGACUCAAUGUUAAAGAGGGUCAAAACCUUGACUGAAGCCCUCAGUUCUCUCCGCAGGUGUGUGUCAGAGUCAACCCCCCCAGCCAGAUCGGCCCAGGUGGAGCCUCUAAAGGUCCUGGAAAGAGACCAGGGACCUGUGAAGACCCAGAGCCCCCUGAGCUCGCCAAAACCCCAACCUCGAUCCUCAGUCAGGCCUACUCUGCCCACCCCUUCUCUCUCUGAGAAUCAGACUGAGGUCAGCCUGGCGGGCUCAGCCUCCCCCAUCAUGUCUCGCAGAAUGAAGAGUACAGCAGCCACAGUGAUCCAGCCCUCCCACUGCCACCCCAGCCCCCCUCUGACACCCACCCAUGGGCGUGACUCACCCUCUGUGGCCAAGGUGAGCCCUUGCAGCAGAGAGGGCAGCCCUGCUCUGCAGAAGAGACCAGGCCCUCUGCAGUCUGAAAGACUCGGCAGUUCAGCAGGCACAACUGACCAACCUGCACAAACAUCAACACAGGAGAGCCAUACUGACCAGACAACCAUGAAAGACACACAGACCAUUACUCAGACUACAGAAAGACAGAUCCCAGAAGGCAGUCUGAGUGUAGAACCCAGCUGUAUGACCUACUCCAGCACCAGCCAAGCCAACCUGCCAGACUCCAUUCAGCCUCUACUUUCCAACUCUAACACUGACUUUGACCAGGCCCUCCAGGAGGCCCAGGACAGCCUGAUGAAGUCAAUCCCUGAUCUGAAUGUGUCAGAGACCAGAGAGUGUCCUUCUGAUUCAUCCUCAGGACAGAUACCUUUCACUGCAUCAAAGUCAGAGCAGGACACACCUCUGGACUUGACACUGCAAGUCUCAGUGGAGCAGCAGAUACCUCUGUCUAAUACCCAGGAAGACACACCUGACAGUCUGAGAGAUGAAAUGGACUUCACCCAGUUAAAACUGGCAGACACAGCUCCAGCAGCACCCUUGCAGCUUCCUGCAGCCACAGGAGAGCCUCCUCCUUCAGCUGCUCCCUCACCUCCUCCACCAGCUGUUCCCUCACCUCCUCCAUCAGCUUCUCCAAGCACGGAGCGCAGCAGCCGGCCACAGGUGGAGAAACCCCGUCGCUCCAGUGUGGACAAGGAGAUGAAGCAGAGUCCAGACAGGUCCGGCAAGUCUCCUCCCCCUCCUCCUCCACGCAGGUUCCAUGCUGUCAGCUCAGGUCUUACCACAGGAAGGUCAGGAGAGGUGAUUUCAACCUCCAGGAAAGAGCCAGUUGGAGCCCAGAAUGAUGAUGAGAAAGAGAAAGUGGUGGUUCCUCAACCCAAACCCCCAAGACAGCCCCCAGAGGUCAAACCCAAACCCCAGAUGUUUCUGGCCGGUUCCAGCCCAACCCCUGCGACAGCCAGAGCACACAGGGACGAGGAGGAGGAAGAGGAGGAGGAAGAGGAGGAGGACAACAAAUUCAUGAAAGAGCUCCAGGUGUUUCAGAAAUGCACAAUGAGGGAUUUAGGGAGCGUGGUUAAACCCUCAGACUCUGAGCUCCAGAGCAGAGAGAGGGAACCUAAGGUGACUACACAACUGUCAAAUAAGACUAAUUUGCCAGGUGGAAAUAAGCAGUGGAAAAGAAAGUUGAAGACAUCUCCAAAAUCACAGGUGGCCAAUCAGAACCCUUCUGAGUUAGCAACAUCUGCCUACCAGUCAGCUCCUCAGCCACGAAUCAUCGAUGGCUGCCCACGUAAACUAAUAAUAGCAGCUGGACUGGAAGAACACAGUGAAGCAGGGAAAGGCAGUGUAAGUCUUGAUAAGAUAGAGAAUGUGGUUAAACAUGUACCUUCCCUAAACAGUGCAACAAUAGAGAAGGUCCACCCACCUGAAGCUUUACAAGAUAUUCAGAAGAAUGAGGAGGUGCCAACACCAACCCAAAAAAAAGCAGAGAAGACGGAAGUACUUACAGUUACAACUUCACAGAAAGAAAAUGAUAUUACUGUGAACACUCAUGAGCAGAUUAACAAGGAGGUUGUUGGACAUGUGUGCUCUCCAACUUCAGCAGAAAAGAAGGUCAAGUUUACAACAAUUGUUACUCUACAAAAGGAAAACAUGCCAGCAAGUCCUGUCCAGACAAAUGAAAGUAUCAAAGAAGUACCAGCUGAGAAGAAGUCAGAUGUAAUGGUGGUUUUAACUUUACAAAAAGAAAACACCCCAGAGGAUUGCUUGAUAGAGUUGUCACCAAAGUUCCAGCAGGAUAAGUACCUGUGCUCAGAUCAGGAAUGUGUAGCUUCUUUUCAACUUCAACAACUUCCCCCUAUUUCGCCCAUCUUGACUUACAGUCACCGCAGUAAGCAGCAGAACCAGGAGUCAACAGUGCAAGUAUCCAGGGACCGAUCUCGAUAUGCAGAAGAGGGAGGUAGCCUGAACCCAGAGAUUUGGGAUGAUGAGGGACCUCCUCCUUCACCACCUAAAAUAAGCCUUAGAAUCUCGAAGACCAGAGUCAGGACACACUCUCAAGAGGAAGACCUAACCAAAAUCAUUGGCUCUGACAUACAGAAUGUGACUGGGGACAGCACUGGUGAACCCACUUAUUGGGAAUAUGAAAAUCAAGGUUUUGAGGAUAGCAAUGACUCUGACAUGAGACCUAUUCUUGUUAUCUUGAAUGAGCUUGAUAUUCAGUCAGCCUACAAGCGUCUUUCCACCAUCUUUGAAUGUGAGGAAGAUCUUGAUGGGCUUCUCUCUCCAGAAAAUAUUGUGGAUGAAGAGCAGACAAAGCAAGAACAGAAACAGGACGUAAGAAACAUUUGUAUAAAUUCGGACAUCACAGGAAAUGGUCUGAGUUCUCCACAUUUGCAACAUCAAAAACCAUCAGAAGAUAAUGGCUCAAUUCCUAAAAAAAAAGAAGACCAGGAUAAACCAGACUCCCCUAGAAAGGCAGAAACCAAAAGGAAAUUCAAAUUUAAGUUCCCCAAAAACAAACUGGCUGCAAUUAGCCAGGCCAUUCGAACAGGGACGACCAAAACAGGCAAGAACACUCUUGAGGUUGUUGUCUAUGAGGAAGAGGAGGAGAAAGCACCAGAUAGCAGGCCACUGAAGGAGACCAAGAAGCAGACAAAGAAGUUUGAGAUCAGCAGUACCAAACAAAUGAACUCGGGAGAAGGCAAUGCCUGUGACAGGGACAUCAAAGUCUCCUCUCCUAUUGAUACUAGACACUCACAUAGCCGGGUAGAGGAACUCUGCAAGAGUGCAUUUGACUCUAUUGACAAUCUAGAAGAGUCAAUUAAACAGUUAGAAAUCAGUGUGGACAGUAUAACUGCCCCUUCUUCACCCUCCUCGAUUGUGUCUUCACCUCCUCAGUCCCCUGAUUCUUCCUUUGACUCCACUGACAGAGCUCAGCACAAGGUCAAAGUCAAACAAGAACGGGAGAGAAGCCUGUCAAAGCGACCAGCCACUCAGAUCCUCAAAGGCCCAAAUCCACCUCAGAGUAAGAGGGCCAAACCACAGCCUCCACAUGACAAAGGGAAAACCUCCACCAAGAAACAGACCUCUAGCAGCAGCUCCAGCUCUUCUGUUCAGCGAUCCCACACCAAGUCUCACCACUCACCCUCCUCUUGCUCACCAGAGAAGACACCUAAGGGCCAUCAGCAGGCCAUCCAGAUGCAGCCCAGCCAGCCGCAUCUUGUCGCCAUCCCACGCUAGUGCCAGCCCGGCCUACUGCGGGCCCUGCAGCAGCAAACGCCAGCACUGCCUCGCCCUCGCCUCCACCUCCAGCACCGCCUCCACCUCCCAACACAGCUACUACUCUUCAUCGUCCUACUCCUCAUCCUCACCCUCCUCGUCCUCCACCUCCUCCUCCCUGUCUCCCACCUCAUCUUCCUCUUCCCCUCCCUCCCCGUCUUCCUCCCUCCUCCCCACCAUGGUGAGCCAUAGGGUGAGGAGUGUACGAACGUCAGGGUCCAACCCCAGCUCUCCGAGCCAUGGCAAGAAAUGCACCGGAGGCCAGGCUGGCCGAGUCCCGCGCACAGUGGCGGCGACCUUGAAGGACGCAGCGUGAUGUUUUCAUCCACAAUUUAGGCUUUAAAUCAUGUAAGUGCAGACAGAAACGGCUCACCCAGCUGAUGUGUCCCUACAGCAAUAUUGUGUGAUGUUUAUUUUUCUACAUUUUUUGGAUGGGUUGUGGACAAAGAGAAGGCAUGUAAAACCUUAAAAAAUGGGUAUGUGCAAAUUUGAUAAGUAACAGCAAGUAUACCAAAGAUGUGUUUGGGGCCACUUAAAACUAGUUUUACCAUAACAUUGUUUGCCCACACGAGAGCACUGUUUAUUUUAGUUUAUUUUUAAUUGUAAAAUGUCCCACUCACUACAUAUCUACAUUACUGUUCUAUAAUAACCAAAUUUAAAGAAUUUUAUUUUUAGGGUUGUUACUAUUUUUAAGUUUUUAAUUUAUUUUGGAAAAUCCUACCAUCUACUAAAUCUGUAACGAAAUUAAAUAUUGACCAUAAUAAAAGCACCACAGGUGGUGCAUUGUACAUUUGUAAAAUGCACUGUGACACUGAUGUGACACAGUUACUGUAGUUCUCUGUGAGGCAGUGAAGUGAAGGAUCAUCAGAAUAGUCAGUUCUAAAAACAUAGUUCAGGAUUAGGCUACAUGGAUGUGUUCAAAUGAAGUCAGUUCAGCUUUCAUGUUAGUUUGAAGUUGUUCAUAGUGGAAUUUUGAAUGCCUUGCACUGCCCCGUGAGGGCUUAGGGCUGUCCCAAUGUCAAAGUGCAUGAGGGCUCCCCCACGGACAUUUUGAGCCCUUUAUCCACAUUUUACGUAAGUCUUUACUUCUGCAGAUUUUGCCUGAGGGAAUUAGCCACAGUUCAUAAAGGUUGUCCUGUAACAAGAAUAAAGGAGUUUACAUAUAAGUGUGUGAUGCUGUUAGUAAACUGAUUAUUUGACAGUUAGCUCUCAUGAGACCACCUUACAUGGCAGCCACUGCCAUCAGUGUAUGAAUGUGCAUGACUGGGUUGAGUGUGGCAUGUAGUGUACAGCGCAUUGAGUGGUGGAAAGACUAGAAAGUUGCUAUAUAGGUACAGUCCAUUUACCGGCUGUGGCUCAGAGGCAGAGUGGGUCGUUCCUUAAUCGGAAGGUUGUCGGUUCGAUCCCCGGCUCCUGGUGCCACAUGUUGAAGUAUCCUUGAGAAAGAUACUGAACCCCAAAUUGCUCCUGAUGCCGUGCAUCAGUGUGUGAAUGUGUAUGAAUAUUACUUUCUGUUCGAUGUUUACCAUCACUGAGUGAAUGUGUGUGAAAGGGUGAAUGUGACGCGUAGUAUAAAAGUGCUUUGAGUGGUCGGAAGACUAGAAAGGCGCUGUACAGGUCCAUUUACCACUUACUUUUCUGGAUAACAAAAGUAAGAUUCUAACUAAUUAUUUUUUGCAGGUGACUGUAAUAUUAUUAAAAUGUAUGAGUAAUAACUUACAUUACUAGUUACUGGGGAAAGUAAUAUAAUUGCUGUAAGAUUAUUAUUAGUAGUGAGUUACUGCCCAACACUGUACAGGACUAAGGCAGUAAAUCAGGCAAUUAAAAAAUCCAGAAGGUUUAACCCCAGACAAUAAAGAUGAAUUCUAAUAAUAAAACAGGUCAAAUAUGUUGACAAUAUAAUACUGUGCUAGAAUGAAUAAAAUGCUUUUAGUGUUUUAUAAUAUGUCACUGAUAGGUGGCAGAGUGCUUUCACAUUCCUGUUUUACCUGUUUUAGGUUUUGCAGCCCUUCUCACACUCAAACACUUACCAGGUGAUGUUGGCUAAGUGUGAAAGGGUUCAGUGCUCAGUGGACACUGGGAUUUAAAAAAAAACAGUGCAACAAAACAGGACAGUGAGGGAGAUGUCAGUCAUGGACAGUUUGCAUACACACACACAAUCCUGAGGUGAGCUCUAAGCAGACAUAAUAAAAUGACAACCCUUUAUGUGUUUAUGUUAAAAAAAAAAAGAAUAGUAGCUCAUAUGUUGAUCCUGGUCAGCCUCAGUACUGGUUAGUCCCCCACACACCAGCAGCAGAUAUCUGGGCUAUUAGACCUGUGCUUGUUCUCCUGUGAGGUGACAGCACAUCUUUGUCUAUCGUCGCUGUUAAAAUAGAGACAUCACACCUUCAGUCUCACCGUUAUGAAAAGAAUAUUUAUUAAGACAUUUCCGGUGAAGAUUAGUUCUUCAGAAUCUUCCAAAUCUCAAAUAACAUUAUUAUCAUUAUUAUUAUUAUUAUAUUUUCUUGGUUUGCUUCGACUUGUCUACUUCUACAUUUUUCUACAUAUUUCCCAGAAAGCCUUUCCACAACCCUUCCCCAAACUGGGUUCAAACCUAUGCCCUUUUUCAGGGUGAAAGCACCUUUAGCUGUGUGUUUUGAUAUUUCAGAGUGGAUGUUUUCAGAAUAUCUGCACUGCCUGCAGAAAAGUGUUUGAUGGGAUUUCUUCACUGUGUCACACUGUGUUAUAUAAAAUAAUAUAAAGAAUAUAUAUAAAAGAAUAUCUUCUGAAUUAAGAGUAAAUAAGUUUAUUUUACAGCUUCGAUUGCCAUACACUAUCAGUCCUCUAAGAUGCAGUAGAAGAGCUGGUUGUGGUAUAUCGGUGUAUGAGAUACAUUAUGUGUGGGUUUAUUUAACACUGUUGAAUAGAUUUCUAUGAAAAAAUAGAGCUUGUGAAUAUUGAUAUGCAGAAUUUACCCAAAGACACUCCUAUACAGACUUAACUGUUUAAAGAAUACAUUGUUUCAGAGUUUUAUGUAGAUGAAUAUAGAAAUGCUAUACAGAUAUAUGAGACAUAUGUAGCUUCUUUUAACAUAGCUGUUGGUCAUUGUGCUUCUGCAGAACUGUCCAUUUGUACUAUUUGACGUGACUAUUGCCAAAAAGAAAGAACUUUUUAGGUCAAGCUUCUUUACCCUGCUGAGUUAUUUCAUCAUCAGAGACCCCUUCAGACAGACUAAGGCUAAACACAUCCAGAACUGGUGCAGACCUCCGCCAAGGCCAAUAGUCCUGUCUUUUAUGAUAUGCAGAUCUGCAAACCAUUCACUUUGCACAGGUCGGAAAAUCUGGAAUUAACCUGGAAAAAUCACAUCCAUGAUUAUUUCUUCCAUACCUGCUGCAUUUGUUUCUACGUUGAUGUUGUAGGUGUGUUGUUGCAUUCGUGAUGAAUUUAGCUCAUUUAGCCAUAUACCCUUCCACCGAGGUUCAUAAAAAAGCGGGUAGGGCUGCACGAUAUGGUGCUGUUAUUUUGACAGAUAUUGUGAUGUGAUUAACGAUUAGUGGGAAUGAUCAUUUUUUCAGCGCGUAUUUAUUUAUUUUAUUUUUUUCAUCAUUUAUUGCCUUUUAAUUGAUAGUGACAGCUGAAGACAGACAGGAAAGGGAGGUAGAGAGAGGAUCACACGCAGCAAAGGGUCAGACUCGAACCCUUGGCCGCUGCAGCAAGCACUCCGUACAUGGUUGCCAGCUCUACCCACUGAGCUAACUGGGUGUUCAGUUUUCACUGACUUUUAAAAUCAGGAUAAUGUGAAAUUUGUUUGGGUCAGUACCAAAAUCAAAACAUGUUCUCUUAAAUCUGGAGAACAAGAUCAGUGGAUCUCUGCAGCACUACAGUACUUCAAUAUAAUGCUGUUUGACACACAAUGUACAAACAAAUUGCAGCUUCUACCAAUUGCAUAUUGCACUUGGCCACAUUGCAAUUUUGAUUAAUUGUGCAGCCCUAAUAUCGGGUCAGUAGUUGUUGCAUAAUCCUGCUGACAGAAACAUGCAAACGGCACCAAAAACAUAAUCUCCUUGGUGGAGGUCAUAAAGGAACACUCCAUUAUUCUGGGAAAUCUGCUUCUCAGAGUCAGAUAAGAGGAUGGGUAUCAGUGCAGAGGUACGUUCAGGACUUCUCAGCAAAGCCACUGUAAAUGUCCACUUCUCAAGUUCAAGCACUUGGUUCUGGUUAAAGAAACAUUUAUUUAAACAAAUCUACUGUAACAUUAAACCUUAAAAAAAUAUUGAAUUGAAUUAUUUCCCUGACAUUGAACAGUGUUUUAGUAGCUUAAGCUACUGUGGCUACUUAAGUGUACAUGUGGCACCCAAGACAUGACCUGUCGCCUCUGGUCCUACACUGUACAUGCACCAUCCACCCCCAACCCCCUAAGGCAGCACUACUUCUUAAAGUUCCCCUCCAGUCAGAAAUCUGUUUCUUAUUCAACACUAGAAGGAUGUUUUCACAUUCAUCCGCUCAAAGUGGAAAGUUUCUCUGAGCUCAUUGAAAAGCUGAUUUUUAAGGGGCGGGGCCUCACAAAUAGUUUUGAAGUCAUACCUGGUCCAGUAUGCAACUCGUACAGUGUGAUGUAGAAACUUGAAGCCACCAGUGCAUAUCCACUGAGAAUGGACUUUACAGUGAAGUAGGAGACAUCUUGUGUCCAGCAGGGAAACUUUAGAAACGAACAACAUUUGUAUAUUCAGAGAUUCUGGAAGUUUUAAUGAGGUAGAAGGAGUAGAUGCCUUUCUAAGGAUGUGGAAAUUCUACUUUUCUUUGCAGGAAAAAACAUAUCAGACACACAUUAUUUAUAUAUCCUGGAUCUGUCUGUAACCUGGAGAUAAACACUGUGAUGAACUGAUUGAUUCAUCUUCCUAUCUGACUCUGAACUGCAAAAUGUCAGCCUGUUUUUUCUCGAUUUUUCUGUGUGAGGCAGCAACAUGAGGUGUUUGGUUUGAAAUUGUGAUUUAACUGUUUGGACCUUUUACUGUGUUCUGUGAUUAAAAACCUUUUGAAAUUUCCUUAUUCAAACCUAAAGGCACAGUUAAAUAUAAGCCUUCACUUGUAUGCAAAUAGUUUAUUUCGUUUGUUAUUGUUUUGUUAUCUGACCACAAUCUGAACCUGUGCAUGCCUUUAACAGUUUCUCUGUCAAUAUGAAACAUGUUGAGUUUACAGCACUGUAAAUAACUGUGUUUUCUGUUUUUGUAAGCUGUUAGCUCUCAUAGACUUCAGCUUCCUAUGAGGUUGGAGAACUAAUAAAGGGCUUCCUUAGUGUUUAAA